GAUGAUUCAGGAGAGGGGUGGACAAUCGCAUCAUCCACGAGAGAUCUUGAGGUGCAUGAACAACUCUGGGUAUUGAUUUCUAGCAUCGGCGCACUGACUGUCUGCGUCCUCUCCUGAUGGACGCAGAGCCAUCCGAGCCCUCCCAGCCACCCCAGGGCCAUCCAGCCGAAGGAGAACAUGCCCCUGCUAGCAGCCCCGGCGCCCCUGCAGCCGUGGAUUCAUCCGCACCCCCGCCCGAGAGCCCCGCUGCCUUCCCACCCAGUGUCCAGUAUGAGAUUCCGGAUGGCGAGGGGGUGGUCUCGCCUGUAGACCACGUUGCUGAGGCGGCCAAUGCGGAGAUCCCACUUGAAUCGAGGCUGGUCAGCAAGAAAUGGGCUGAGCGGGCCAGUGCCUAUGACGAGAUCAGGGAGCGGCUGGUCGGGGCUGCCAAGGGAGAGGGAGGGGGAGAGGACUUGUUCCGCGAGUACGGUGAGCUGCUGAGCAAGGCCGUGGUGGACACCAUCCCCACGGCGCAGGAGCGGGGCAUCGACAUGGCCAUGGCAUUCGUCGAGCACUUCCCCGGCCCGCCCAACGCCAUCGAGCGGUACGUACCGCACCUAUGCAGGGCCCUCUUCGAGAAGACCCUCACCAGCAAGAAUGGCGACAAGGCUCAGCAGCUGCUCGCCGGACUGGUGGAGGUGCUGGAGGCCGAGACGAUUGUCCGGCAGAUGGCGGAGUUCGUCAAGGCCAAGGGCGGUGCGAGCAAGGGCCCGGCACUCAAGCAGGUGGCGGGAGUGGUAGGGGCGCUGCGUGAGUUGCUGCGUCAGUUCGGGUGUGGCAAGGUGCACCCGCGGCUGUAUCUGGGUGAGGUGAUGCGUCUGAAGGAUGUGGUGGACAAAGGUGCGAGGGAGGAGUUCUACGGGCUGAUGGUCGAGGUGUACCGCUGGACAAGGACACUCGACAUCAUCACCGCCGGCAGGGACAUACCACAGCCGCAGCUGGUCAGUCAGCACAGCCAGAUAAAAUGCCAACAGACAGAGAGGCAGGCCGAACAGAUUGAUUGCAUGUGUAAGAGUGAGUUGGUGUGGGGUGUGCGGAUUGUUUGCGUGUGUGUGUGUGUGUGUGUGUGCCAGGCUGAGUUGAAGCGUCGUGUGGAGGCUAUCGACGGCACCCCGCCCCCAGUGCCCACCAGAUACUACCGCAACGAACCAGGUGUGUGUCAUCUCAUGCACUCGACCAGCCGAGCCGGAUCACACGCCACCCCCAUCAUGGGAUUGCGUGUUGUGUGUGUGCGCAGUGCCCACAGCAGCGCCCACGGAGCCCUCUGCAACCUGCCAAUCCAAUGCCCCCGCCAACAGCAGCGCAGCAGUACACCCUGGCACACAAACAGGUGGGUGCGUGUAAUGCGUAGCGUACGAGUGCUGUCGAUAUCGCAUCCAUCUAUCCAUUUGUCUGUCUCAUUGAUUGGUGCAGGUGCAGGUGGUGCUGCAGGUGCUGCGGGUGUGGCUGUGGGUGUGGGUGUGGGUAUGGGUGUGGAUGUGUGGGAGAUGCUGGAUCCCGUGGACGUCAUGGGUCAGCUGCCGCGGGACUGGGAGGGGCAGGUGCUCAAGCAGGCCAAGUGGAGCGACAAGAAGGAGUGGAUCGAGAAGCUUAUACACGUACGCACCGCAAGGCACUUAACUUACACCCCUGCACAGCACAGCCACACACGCCACGCCAGGCCACCCACGCGCAGCGCACCUUUGCAUGUCCUGUCUGUCCUUUAUGUAAGCGUAUGUGUUGUGUGUGUUUGGGGGCUGGGCUGUGACGUGACUGACAGUUGUGUGAGCGCAGCCCGCGUCUGAAGGCCGGGGUCGAUUACGGCGGCGUGGUGCAGGUCCUCAUUCGCAUACUCAAGCAAGAGUCCAACGUCAACGUGGUACGGACGGAACACACCUGACACACACAACACGGAACAAACGAGCCACAGCUCCCUCCCCCGUCUGUCUGUCUGUCUGUGUGUCUGUCUGUCUGUCUGUCUGUGUCAAUCAGAUAGCGGCCACCCUGCGUGUGGCGGGUCUGCUCGCCCAGGGCCUGAGGAAGGACUUCUCCCACCACGUCAAGCAGCUGCUGCCCUUCGUCGUCCACAAGCUCAAGGAGAAGAACCGCAUCGUCCAGACAGAGGUGCUCCGGACUCUAGACGGCUUCCUGCUCGCGGCGCCGUGGGAUGCCUUCAAUGACGAGGUGCGAAGGAAUGAAGGCACGGUGCGUUGCUGUUGUGCAGUUUGUUCCCCUAUGUGUGUGUUGUGUGUGUCAGGUGAAGUUGGCGUGUGCGGACAAGAAUCCGUCGGUCCGGCAGCAGGUGCUGCAGUGGGUGGCCAGGGUGGUGGCGGGGCCGCACCAGGCACAGGCCAUCAAGAAACACCUGCACUCUAUCGGUCGGUGCCACACACACACACACACACAGAGAGAGAGAGAGAGAGAGAGACAUGAGACGUAUAAGUGUGUCAUGCGUGUGUGUGCACAGCAUCGAUGGCGUCGUCCCUACUUGAGGACUCAGCCAAAGAAGUCCGCGAAAGCGCCGUCGAACUCAUGGUGAGAUGCACUGCAGCCCGUUCGUGUCCCACUUAUCUGCAUGGCUCCAUCCAUCGAUCCACCUCCCUCUCUCCCUCUGUGUCUGUGUGUGUGUCCAUCUGUCUGUCUGUCUGUCUGUAAGCGUGUGGUGUCCGAUGUUGGCGGCACCGACCUGCUUGCUGAGACCCUCCAGACCCUCCCAGAGGCGCGACGCAAAGCCAUAGAAACACUACUCACCGCUAAACACGGUCAGUCAGUCAGUCGGCAAGUCAGUCGCAUCAAUCACGUGCUAUGCGUCGGGUGCCUGUGUUGUGUCUCUCCCCCUUGGCUGCAUUAGGCUCGAGUGACGCUGUAGAGGGCGGUGGUGAUGACGCCGGCGCCGAUCGAGGCUUCGGCGUGUCAGUGUCGACUUCGGUCAAGGAGGGAGCCGCCCGCUCGCGCGACGCCAGCCGGAUGCGCAAACGCCCAGGCACCCAGCCGGGCACACCCACCGGGGCAGCAGCAGUUGCUGGUGGUGUUGGUGUUGGCGUUGGUGGUGGGUUGAUGAGGAAGCCGAGUAAUGCAGGGUUGGGUUUAGGUGGCAAGGGCGGGAAGGGGUCUGGCGGCACACAUCAUCAGGAUGAGUGUGAUGAGGUUGGGGAUGGGCCCCUGUCGCAGGCGGACAUCGACGAGGCCGUAGAGGUAUACACACACAUACACACACACACACAGAGAGAGAGAGAGAGAUACGCGCCAUACCUGUUCGUUUUGUGCCUGACGUGAUGUGUGUGGCAUACAUACCAUGAUGUGUGUGUGUAGGGUGUGGUGCCUGAGUCGAUUCGGAAGCUGUUGGACGACCCACACUGGAAGCAGCGACAGGAGGGGCUGCAACAGCUCAAGUAGCAAGACCUGACCGACCAACAACACACACCACUCACAGCACAGCACAGACAGCCCCUAAAGCCGGCCAUCAGGCCAUCCAGAAUGAAUUGCAUGUGUGUGUGUCGUUCGUUCGUCUAGGGAGUGGUGGCUGGGUCAUCCUGGCGAGGCCGGGCCCAUCACGGAGCACAUCGUCAAGUACCUCAAGAAGAAGGCACGAACAAUGAGGGAGGGGAGGGAGGAAGGACGAUCCCACGGACACACACGCGUCUCUUUGUGGAUUCUUCGAUCAGUGCAAGGACUUCAAGGAGUCCAAUUUCCAGAUCAACCGUGAGCUGCUCGAGCUGCUCGCAAACAUACCCACACUCGCGCCGUCAAAGGUCACCAAGACACUCGCCAACACCAUCAUCACGCCAUGGGCUGACAAAGUACGGAGCAUGACGUAGUACACACAGAGAGAGAGAGAGAGCGAGAUGGAGAGGGUGUGCGUGGUGGUAUUGUGUGUGUCAGUUGUCUGACGGCAAGUUGGCCGGUCAGCUGAGCUCUUUGUUUUUGGACCUGAGUGAGCACGUGACGCCCACAUUCACGGCAGCACGAGUCAUCAAGGCCGUCAAGGACAACAGCUCACCAAAGGCACGGCACGCACACGCACACACCACACACACCACACACCACCCAACACCCAGCACCCAACUCGCCAACAUACAUGAGAGCAUACGGAUGACUGCGUGGAGUGGAUGUGUGUGUGUGUGUGUGUGUGUUGAUGUGAUGUGGUUAGGUGUCUGAGUGCGUGUGCAAGUUCCUGGAGCAGCUCGUGACAGAGUUCGGGCUCGGUACCGUCGACGUCAAGCUCAUCAUCCAAUACACAAAAGCCACACUAGACCACAAAAACAAGGUAAGGUCACAACACACAACACACAACACCCACCCGCACAUAAGGCCUUCCGCGAGUGUACCCCUCCAUCUGCGUGUGUGUCAGGGCACUCGUACGGCGGGCCAGUCGUUGGUUGUGUUGCUGCACCGGUACGCUGGCUCGGCGGUGCUGACGCUGCUCGAGGGCGACAAAAACGCAGUCGACCGAAUCAACGACAAGACACUCGCUGAGGUGAAUGCGCAAAUGCCACACGUCUGUCUCCCUGGUGAUGAUGUGUAUCAUUCACUUGUCAGCUUCGGGACAUGUGCGAGCGGCGGAAGGACGAGAAAGUCCCCGAGCCGUCACGGUGUGUCAGGUUAGUAAACAACCCCUCUCCCCUCUCCCCCCAAGAGACCCACAUCGCUGCACGCCCCCGUGUGUUGGCUGUGUCAGAGGCAGUGUGUUCGGCGGCGGGGCGCCAUCGGCCAUGGCACGUCCCGCACAGGCCAGCGGCGGGUCGGCGGCAGCAGCAGGUGGCGCUAGUGGCAGCGGCAUGUCGCUCGACGACCUCAUCCCCCGCACCAGCAUCGCAAACGAUAUCAACACCAAACUACUCAAGGCGAGAGCACAUGCCAUGCAUCCCCCCCCACAAGCCACCCAAACUCACUCUCUCUCGCCGAUUCACUCAUCAUCCAUUCGUCAGGACCUGAGCGACGCUUCAGCCUGGAAGACCCGUCGUGAGGCCCUGGACACCAUCAGGGACAUCAUCAGGGGAAAGGGCAACGGCCACAUCACCCCCACCGGCCUGAGCGACCUCUUCACCGCCCUCAAGGCCCGCCUGGCCGACCAGAACAAGCCCGUGUCCAAGGCUGCGCUGGAGGUGGUGCACCAGCUGGGCGAGGCGUUGGGCGCCGCUGGCGCACGGGUGCACGCCAAGGCCAUACUGCUGCCGCUGCUCUCACGUUUCUCGGACAAACAAAACACGGUGGGUGGAUGGAUGGGAUGGGGGGAUUGGUGAGGGAUGGAUGUGCAGAGGUGCACAGCCAUGUGUGUUGUCUUGUGCUGUGUGUUUGGGGCGUGUGUGUGGGUCGGUGUGACAGACCCGUGACUUGACGCUGUCUGCGGUGCAAGUGUGGUUCAAGGCGGUGGGGCCGGCCGUGUGGAUUCCAUCCGCCAUCAGUAAAAGAUCUCGAACACGCCCAUGGUGUGUUCGGUGUAUGUUGUGUGUGUGUGUGUGGUGGUGGGAUAGGUGCGCUGAGCGACCCUUCGCCAGAGCAGAAGGAGGCCGUGCUGCUGCUCCUCAUCGACGACGCCGACUUCACCGCCACCGACACACAACACACACACGUACGGACGGAUGUGCAGACGUCCACACAAACACCAGGCGCAUGCGACCCGCCCUCUCUCGUGCAGCACCUGGCCCGUGAGCUGCUCGACGCCCUGCAGGACAAGAACCAACGCAUCCGCACACUCGCCGAGAAAGUCCUGGACAAGGUAAUGCCCGCAGCGCUGCACUUGCCAGACACGCCCCUUCCUUCAUUGGUCGAUGCAUGUGUGUGUGUGCAGGUGGUCCCCCUGGUCGGCGCGUCCACCCUGGACAAGAUGGUGUGUGACCUCAAGCCAGCGGCGCAGAACGCUAUCAGGCCCACCAUAGACCGGCUCACUCUCACCAGCAGUGCCGACACGCACUCACACACGGGUGUGCCACCUGCGGCUGAGGGUGUGGGUGUGGGUGUGUGUGGUGUGGAGGAGCGGUCUGUGGAUAUGAACAUGAGUAUGGAUGGUGGCGGUGGCGGUGGCGGUGAGGAGCUGAGGGACAACCUCUCGCAGCACUCUGUGCCCCUCGACGGAGGUGCGUCAGGCGAGAGAACUGUGCUGCUCUCAUUGACUUUGGGUGUGUGUGGUGUGUGGUGUGUGGCCAUCUGUGAACAGUUCGAAAGAUGGCCCGGCCGCCCGUGGCUCCCAAAAACGGUACGACAGUGUCUGCCCGCCGCCGUGCUCUCAAUCUGCAUCCAUCCGUGUUGUGUGUGGGUGUGCAGGUGCUGCCCGGCGCGCCGAGUCUCGCGAGCGGGGCCGUCCCGCUAAGCCCGGCACCAGCAAGAACAGGACACCUAGCGCACACACACCGGUCGGUCAGCUGGCACACUCAGGCAGCCAAGGGAGAGGGAGGGAGACAACCACCUACACACCCACCCAUACUUCAUCGCAGGUGCGUCCUGGCAAGGAGGCCAAGGCUGCUGCCGCUGCUGCUUCUGGUGGUAGUGGGGGUGGGGGCGGUUCGACCAAUGGCCUGCCGCCCGACGGUCUCGCAAUCAUGCCGAAGUGAGUGAAACUGGGAGGGAGAGAAGAGGCCGACACAGAUGAUGAUCGCGCACAUUCUUGGUCCUCUCCUUGUUUACAGGGGUGGCAAGGUGCGUCGCCAGGAGCGUGUGUCGCACCAGAAGUGGCCGGUGACGGAGCUGAGGCCGGAGCUGGUCGAGGUAUGCACACGAACGGAGAGACGCCUGUUGGUAUGGAUUGAUGUGCACUGCAUGUGUGUCUGUGUCUGUGUGAUCGGAUCGUCCGUCGAUCCGCCAGGCGUUGCAGGUCGACUUGCGCCCGCACGUGUCGCAGGCCCUGCUGGCACACAUGUUCGACUCCAACUUCCAAAAGGCCCUCAAGUACGGAAACCACACACACACCCCAAACCACACCGCACCAACACACAAUCCACCACCCGGAAUCUGCUUUGGCUAGGGCGUUGGAUUGCUGGCGUGUGUACGUGGGUGUGGCGGGCAACUUCGCCUCGGUGGCCGAGGUCAUGGACCUGUUGCUCAAGUGGAUCACCGUCAGGUCAACCAUGCAGUGCCCACUCACAGACAGACAGGCACCAGUCUGGCACGUGUGUGUGUGUGUGUGUGUUUGCGUUCACGCAGAUUGUUUGAGACCAACACGCGCAUCACCAGCGCCACCCUGGAGCUGACCAAGCUGCUGUUCCACCGGAUGGAGGACAGCGUACACACACACAGACGGGCGGCGGGUCCAUUGCGGGCAUCUUGGCUCGGUCGUGUUCUGUGUGUGUGUGUGUGUGUGUGUCAGGGUUACGAGAUGACGGACGUGGAGGCGUCGACGAUCAUCCCGCACAUCGUCGAGCGGGUCGGACACAACCAGGCACAGUUCAGAGGUCCGUGAGUACACACCCACACACACGGGAGGCAUUGCUAUGUGUGUGUGUGUUUGUUGAACAGAGAGGUUUCGCGAGCUGCUGCAUUGGGUGUUCCGGCUGUACUCGCCCACCAAGGCCCUGCAGCUGCUGCUGCUCGGACUCAUCUCGUCAAACACACGGUGCGGAAACGGGUGGUCUCCUGCCUAACCAGCCCUACUCAUGUGGCCCUCCCUGGUGUGUUGUCUGUCAGGUCUGUGGCAGACACGGUAGACGAGGUUGCCGUGGCGGUAGAGCAGCACGGACCUGACGUCUUCCCUAACCUACACAGGGACGUCCCAAGACUCACAGGUGGGGUGGGUGGGGAGGCUAUCCAUCCAUUCAGACACACACCUUCCCUCAUCGGUUUGUUUGUGUGUGUCCACCAACCACCAGACAUAGCGCUGAACAACAAGAUAGAGGGCGUCCGCGCGGCGGCCCACCGUGCGCUGCUCAACCUCUUCGACCACGUGGGAGACCACAUGUACACGUACGCAUCCAUCAGCCACCACCCACACUCACAAGCCAUUCACCCCCCUGCUUCCGUUUGCAGACUCUGCGGCGCAUCCGCCGAGCGCGUCAAGACCGACAUCGUCCUCCGCCACAAAGGGGGGGGAGGAGGUGUCAACCGCGCCCACCCCCCUCUGCCCCCCCACUCCCGAUCGCUCGACUUCACGCCCUCCUCCCCCAUCCCCCCACACGCCAGCGUCAGCACCACCCACCCCGACGCUCACAGCAUCCACGGCCACCGGCAGUCGACCACAUCCAACUCUAGCGACGGCAGCGGCUUCACCGUGCAGAGCGACUCCAACGACAGAGUGCAUCAUGUGCACCAGGUGGCCAGGCGGGGGCCGGGGGGCGGCGGCAGGGGUGCGGGAAAGAGAGAGCCAUCCCCUUGUGGGCGGCCGCCCAUGGCUGGUGGUGGUGGUGGUGUGUCGGGUUCGUUGAGGAUUCCCACGCCCAAGGGCCGCGCCAUGGCCGGCAUGCUCUACACGCCGCAGAAGGGCCAGCGGGGCAGCCGCGACGGUGUCGACAGUCACGCACUCAGACAAAUCGAGUCAGUGAGGCCGUGAGAGCAACAAUCUGUCCACCGACCGACAACAAUCUGAUCUGUGUUGUCCGCUGCUCAUUCAGAAAUGCAGCUGGCUCGCCUGAUCCGUGUGCUGCCGCCGUUGCUGGUGUGUGUGGGGUCUCCGGCAGUGGGGCCAAGACGCCCCCAGUGCCCAUCCCGCGGCCAAAGGCCAAGACGCCCAGGUCGGCCGGCAAGGGGCGAGAGAGGGAGAGGGAGGCCAUGGUCAUGGUAUCGUCGAGUGAGGCCAGCCAGACGCCCCCACCGCUCAGCGACCUUGUGUCACCCGUCAUCACGCCGCAGAGGAAGAGCCCUUCUGCCGCCGGUGAAACAGGCGACCAGCAACCGCAGGUGGUGGAGCUAGAAGCGGAUGGGGGUGUGAGUGGGGGAGAGGAGCAGAACACAGAGGAGCAGGUGCCGCCAAACCCUUAUGCAUGUAAGUAAAUGAGGGAGGCGGGAGGGAACAGACAGACAGAUCCCCACCCGAGAAUGGUCUUGAUUUGAUGAAUGACUGAAUGUAUGUGUGCCUGCCUUCGUUGCCUUAUAUAUUGUCAGGUCUGCCAGAUGAGUUCCGCCUGCCCCUGAGCGACGAGGACUGGCGCGCCAUGUGGCUGAGGCGACACGGCCGUGAACAGGAGGCCACCACCAGCCCCCUUCCCACAUCCAUGUUUAACACCCUCGUCAAGAGCUAUAUGCCGCCCGUCCCUCGUGCGGAUGGCGACGCAACCCCCACCCGGCAGCUGCCCGAUCACGUCAGGGGGCUGCUGGCCGUCCUCACCGAGGCGGACCACCACUCGCACGGCGACGUCGCCAAGGUAUGUGUGUGUGAUGUGCUUUGGCGACAGACUGCAUCUUUCAAGAAGGGAUCAAUGAAUCAGUCAGUGUGUGGGUUGGUGUGUUGAUGGAUGGAUGGCUGGGCGCAGAGUGCCGUAGAGUUGCUGGAGUGGAUGCAGAUGCAGAGUGCCGCCGACGAGCGACACGAGGAGCAGCCCAUCUUAGCCAUGGUUGGUUGCGCAUGCACUGUCUGACCGCCACAGCCGACACCCAAUGAACUGCCACACUGUGUGUGUGUGUGGUGUGGGAAUGCACACAGGAGAGACACGCCCCGUUGUUCGGUUGUGCGUUGGCGCGUGCCCUGCGCGUGUCGUUUGACCGUGCCUGCGACUGGUGGUCUCUCACACAGGGCACCACAGACCUCACCACAACCAACACCGUCCUAGAGGUGGGUAUCACGACCCUCAUAACCAUCCCUCCACACACACACACACACACACACAGAGAGAGAGAGAGAGAGAGAGAGAGACGGGCAUCGACCACUUGAUGAGUGUUCUCCUUUUUGGGUCAUGCAGUGUUUGAUGCGCCUGGGUCGGGAGAAGCGUGUGGUUGGAUGUUUGCCCAAGGAGGAGACCAAGGCACUCAUGCGGGUGCUGCUCACCAUGCUGCAGCAGGGGGGCGCCAUGGACAGCCUCAUGAGCGCCGACCCGCCCCUGAGUCUGCAGCACCUCAACACACUCGCCGGCCAGAGCAUCCUGGGGCACUCCAACAAGUAACCAAACUGGCCACCCACCCACACACGCAUCACACAUGUUUUUCGGGUGUGUGAGUGGUGUGUGUGUGUGUCUCAGGUCGAUGAUGCUGCGGAUACUGUUGGAGUUUGCCCUGUACGAGGGCGAUAGCAUCAGCAUGGACCUCCUCCUCAAGUCGCUCAAGAAGCUGCUCGACUGGCUCGCCAGAUAUGGCAAGGGCGUCUCAGGCAGGCACUCGACCGGCUCGGUGGUGGCGAGUGAGGACAGGAGCCCCAGUGGUGCUGGCGACCCGGGCAGCCCGGCGUCAUCCGCCACCGCACCCACACCCAACACCGAACGCAUCGUACUCGAGCCACUCACAGUGAGCAACCACAGGCUCGCCUCGUCUCGCCUGCCCACGUCUGUCUGUGUGUGUGUCCAUACCUUCCUCCCUCGUGUGUGCAGAUGGUGUGGCAACUGGUUCGCGAGACCAACUACCUCCAGCAGCAGCAGCAGCCCUCUGCCGCCCUGGGCGUGCAAGUGCUGCACCACAUUUUCUGCGCCCUGGCGUCGCUCAAGCCCGACGUGACGCGCGCCUUCAUGGGCGACAGCGGGCUGUGCGUCGACGGCAUCGAGCUGGUCAGGGGGGAACGGGCCAAGAUGGCCGGCAUUCUCGGGCGGGAGCUGGCCACCCAGAUUAUGGGCGAGGGGGAUGUAGAGAUGCUGCCGGAGGGAACGUCAGAGGGGGCCGGUGUCAUAGCAUGGAUGGAGAGGCCUGGUGCGUGGGGUGGGGGAAAGGGCUGGAUGGGCUUGGCGCCUUCGAGUCAUCUCUUUGUCUCUCUCUCUGUCUCUGUGUGUGUGUGUGUGUGUCUGUGUCGUGUUGGUUGUCGACCAGAUUGGGAUGGUUUGGUCAAGCUGGCAGCGACGCAGAAGCCGCGCAACACAGUCCGUGGCCAGAAGCGUGCCCUUCCUUUGAGGCUCCAUCUCUGCGUAUGUGUCUGUCUGUCUGUCUGUUUCCUUCCCUCCACCCUCCCAUCCAUGAUCAUACAAACAGGUGCAUGAGCUGCAGGAGACCCUCACGGCACUGAUCGCCCGCCACGGCAUCGACAUGGCCGACGAAGCCAAGGUGGGUGGGUGGGUGGGUGCAGGACGCGAGUGUGUGUCUGUGUCUGUGUCUGUGUAUGUCAGUCGAGUAGCAGCGCCCCACAGAUCUUCAAGGACGGCAUACCGAGCACACACCAACAGCUACACAGGUGCGCCAAAGACGCACCGCACAGCAGCCAGGCCAACUAGUAAGCGGCCUCUUGACCUCUCCCCUGGUGGCUGUUGUGUCUGCCUGUCUGUCUGUCAGUGUGGCGGAUGAGUACACGUCGGCCUUCCGCCAUGUGAUGGACGAGGCCGCCAAAGACCGCCCCCAGCCCAUGACGGUGCCCGAGCUCCUCCGCUGCCACGUGUCGUCCACACAGCCCUCCCCCGCUGCCGUGCCGUCCAUGACACAACUUCAGCACCACCACCAGCAGCACAAACACCAGCACCACCACAGCAGCAGUGGGCCGGCAGCAGACACAAACAAGGCGCCUCAAGACAGUCAUCAUGGGGGUGGGUCGCGUGGGCAUGGGCAUGUGGCGGGCGGUGCGCCGAUAUCGGCCAAGCUGGAGACGCUGCGGGCCAAGCUGGAUGCACUCAAGCAGGGCAGAGGGGGACGGAAAUAGUGGAUACUCACUUAGGUAGAUAGAGGGAUGGAUGGAUGGAUUCACUUGGGUGUGAUACGAUUCGUGUUCGUGUGCUUGGCUUGUAUGGUGUGAGUGUGCGUCUGUGUACGGCCCGGCACGCGUAUGUGUGUAUGUAUGUGUAGAUAUCUAAUCUAGAGCAUGCACGUGUGUGUGUGUGUGAGUGAGUGAGUGAGUGAACCGCAGUGAAUGAAUUGCGCUCUCAAUCGGUAUGUCUUCUGA